AUGGAGACGAAAGAAGCUGUGAAGUUGGUUUUUACAUUAAUUUUAUGUUUGUGUGAUCUUGUACGCACUGAUACAGACGAUGACAUAGCAUAUCAAACAGGAGGAGAUGAUUCGAUGAAAUUUGGGCAGGCAAAGGCUGUUAGGUAUCUGCUAUAUGAUGUCAAUCCUGGGGAGGGUUUUAACCUGCGGCGUGAUGUGUACAUGAGAGUGACAACACUUGUCCAUGAGCUGAACAAGGAGGAGCCUUGGGUGCUUGUCCUGCCACCUUGGGGCAGGCUGUAUCAUUGGAAGUCUCCAGAGUUUGAGCAGAUUAAAAUUCCUUGGUCAACAUUUUUUGAUCUUCCCAGUUUGCGCCAACAUGUACCAGUACUUGAAUUUGAGGAAUAUCUGAAGGUGAGAGGUGAGCCAGUGAUAGAUGAAGUAUAUUACUUACAGAGCUUCAAAGGGGGCUGGACAAAAUGGGAGGAAAAGAUGAAUAUCACGGAGUGUAAUGAUAGAACUGGAUUUGUGCAGGAUGAAGAUGGUAAUUGGCAUCACUGGUUCUUUGGAUAUGAGGAAGUGUAUGCUAAGAAAUUUGCCUGUCUGUCUUACAUGGGACAUGCUACAUUUAUAAAGCCGUUUUUACUGAAGAACACCACUGGAAGGUGUAUAAUGCUCCCUCGGGCAGAAACCCUUUUACACGAUCACUUUGGGGACACUGGCUAUUGGAGAGCUAGAAGGAGCAUGGUUUUUGCGAAACAUCUGAGAGAUAUUGGUGAUGAAUUUCGAUGGGAAAACUUGGAUUCCACAGACGAGGGGGAUGAAACAGUGUUAGAGGACUGGACUAAAAUGAAGAGAAAGCAUGGUGACGCCUUAGGUGGACCUUAUGUGGGGAUACACUUAAGAAGGAUGGAUUACCUGUAUGCCAGAGAAGGAAAUCUACCCUCCCUAAAGGGGGCUGCCAAACAAGUGAAGAAAAUCCUCAAAAAAUAUAAACUGAAAAAAGUCUUUGUAGCAACAGAUGCACCAAGUGAAGAAUUUGAAGAAUUUCAAGGCUAUUUUAAGAAAUCCAAAGUUUACCGAUUUAUACCUUCAAAAGAAAUCAAGGAAAAAUAUAAAGAUGGAGGAAUAGCAAUAAUAGACCAAUGGAUAGCAGCCCAUGCAAGGUAUUUUAUUGGAAGCUAUGAGUCUACUUUUUCUUUUCGAAUACAAGAAGAGCGGGAAAUAUUAGGAUUUGACCCUGAAACGACCUUCAAUAGAUUCUGUCCUGAUGAUAAUUUGGAUUGUGAGGGACCUUCAAAGUGGAAAAUUGUAUAUUAGAUACUAGAGUUCCAUUAUAUGUAUCCAAAUAAUCAAAGCUUUAAAUUUGUUACAUAUGUUUUAGACAAUUAUAUUUUUUGUUCGAGAAAAGCAGUAUGUCAAUUUCACUGAAAUGGUAUAUACAGUCAAACCUUGUUAUCUCGAAUAUGAUAGGACCAAAAAAACUUCUGAGGUAUCAGAGGAUUCGAGAUAUUGAGGGUAAAAUACAAAAAAAAAAGAGGUUGGGACUUCUAAAUCACUUUGGCAUGUCUGUGGCAUUGGAGAUAUCAGUGUUUGAGAUACUGAAGUUCAACUGUAAAUGAUAAUGUCAUCUUCAUUGAAAGAGUAUAUAAAUAAUGUAUAUUGAAACAAGAUCGGAAGACUUUUGUGAAUUUGAUCUCAGGAAUUCCAGCAUGUUCUCAGAAUUUGUUUUGAAAUCUUUCAGUAUUAUAGAAUGGUUUGGAAGUUAUUUUGUUGCAAGAAUUCUCUCAUUUUCAAUGUAUGAGUAUACUGUAUCUGAUUCGAGAUAAUUUUAUUAAACGUGUCCUAAUUCUGAAACCACAAAUAUUUCUUUUUUUGUUACCCAUCCUACCAUUGUUCAAUACAUAAUGUAAACCCCCCCCUCCCC